GUCACUUAUUAGGGUCACCUAACUUUGAACUUGCAUGUCAUGUGUUUUAGUAGGAGAGGUCAAAUACACGAUGUCGUCUCUCUUCAGGGAGAAUAGUGAGGAAAGAUCAGAUGAAAUAAGCUUGAGUGAAGAAAUUAAUGAAGAUGAAGAAAAAGAAGAGGAAGAAACUUCUGCUACACCCAAUGUCCCAAGUUAUGAAGCUUUUUCUGGUCACACAAAUGACAAACAGUGCAACAGGACAAUGCUGCCAUCGGAAAACUUGGACGACGUUUUCUCAUCUAUAAAAUUUGGACGCUUCCAUAUCAAGAUGAUGAUUCUCACAUGUCAUGGAUAUUUUGCAGUGUGUUCAGAAAUGAUGCUUAUCAUAUUUUUGACAGAUCCUUUGAAGAAAGAAUGGAAUGUACCAAACAUGGUUUAUCCAUGGUUUCUAGCUUGUGGUGGAGUUGGAGGGAUACUUGGUGGAGUAGUCAUAGGCAUUGUUAGUGACAAAUAUGGAAGACGAAUUCCCUUCUUGAUAAGUGUUUUUAUAUUAGCCGUGUUUGCAGGUAUUGCCCCCUUUGUGAACAGCUUCCCCCUAUUUGUGUUUGUCAGGACGUUGAUUUCUGUGGGAGAAGGAGGACUUGGAGCCCUUGUUUAUGUACAGCUUCUGGAAUUCCUCCCGAGAAAGAAUCGUGGCAGCUGUUUGGUAACCAUCACCCUGAGUGGCACUAUGGGAGCCGUAUACGCGUCAGCAAUGGCCUGGUGGCUUCUAUCGCAGUACGGCUGGCGGGUAUUCAUGGGAGCAUGUGCUAUUCCCACAGUAAUACAGAUUCCUGUUAGCCUGGCGUUGAUCAAGGAAUCCCCUCGCUUCCUGUUUGUGAGUGGAAGGAAAGAAGCUGGAAUUGCUGUACUGAAAGAAAUGGCCCGACAGAACAAGACGCAGCUGCAUACAGUGGACAUUGACUGCCCUACCAGUGAGAACCGUGGCCGUAUGUGUGACCUUCUGAAACCGGCCCUGCGAGGUCGUACUCUGGUGAUCUCCGCAAUCUGGCUACUUCAGUGUAUCGGAUACUGGGGUGUCACUCUGUUCCUGCCCGAGUACAUGCAUUCUGUGGGAAUGGACCCUUACCUAAACACCUUCAGUGUUUUUCUCGCACAGAUACCAGGCAUGUUCUUUGCAAUUAUCAACAUAGAAACACACAUGCUUGGUCGCAUACGCUGUCUCCGAGUCUUCUCCUUUUUUACAUGUCUAUCGCUCGUGUUGUUUGCUUUUAUCGACGAUGUUGCCGUUAAAACUGUGACUGUGAUGGUAUGCUACUUCUUCAUGGUACCAGUGUUUUCUAUCCUAAACACCCUCACAGCGGAAAUGUAUCCCACGGAGAUCAGAACCACGGCCUUGGCUUUUGUCUCUGUGCUGAUUGGUCUUCCGAGUUUGUUUACGCCAUUCCUUAGUGCAGGUGUACUUUUCAGCGGUGUGCUAUGGCUGUACCCUCUAGUAUGGAGUGCAUGCUUCCUAGUCCAAACAUUUCUUACCUUCUUCCUAUAUUGGGAAACAGCAGGAAAGAAAUUAGACAAUCAUUAAAUAACCACAUGAUUUUUUUUCGAAGGGUUUUACGUCCUAGCCUUUGUCAUAACAUGUUUUGAGGAAAUGAAAAGUUAAUUGGUGAAGAAUAUUCCCAAGUUAAUCACAAACAUGCUGACUCAAAAAUGUUUAAACAGCUAAUGUUUGUUUCGAUGUUUUGCCUAACCUGCAUAUUAAAUGUUUUGACAGCCUUAUAAUAAUAUACAGAUUGAUUACAGUAAUGAUGAAAGACUACAAGGAAAAGCUUUAUCAAAACCUGUAACCAGAGCCUGCCUAAUUUAUUUUUGAACAAAUACCAAUUAACCUCUUAUCAGCCCCAAAAAUAUAAAGAGUACACAGCUAACAAAAGUGUAUAUAACCCAAAGCUACUCUUCUUCAGCGAGUACGGACAGUAUAAUGAAACCUGUCUAUUCCAAUACCCGUGAGAUUCAACAAAAUGUUCAUAUUAGACAGGGUGUCUGGAUAUAAAGGUUUGAAUUGGAAUUUUCUGCAAGAACUUGGUUAACAUGUCAGAAUCACAUAAUAUUUUUAUCCAACAGAAUGUCGUAGUAUUAGUGGGGUUGAAGUUGACAGGUU